AUGCUUCUCUUCAUGUUUUUCUUGGUUUCCUUGUCAGAUCAUUUAGGUAGAGCUCAGGAUUACGAUACCCCGCGCCGUUCAGAGGACAACUGUGAUGGAAUUUUCUUGUCCUAUGACUUCAUUUCUCGGGAAAAAGAGUUUCCACACGUGAAGAAUGUGACGGCGCAAGCCUGGGCCUUCAAAUCCACGGCCACGGUACUGAACACCGGCCUCUAUGAACUCAAAGCGUGGAAAUUAUUCAUUGGGUUUCAACAUGAGGAGAUUUUGGUUUCUGCAAGUGGAGCAGUGAUAGUGGAUGGUGAUGAUUUUCCAGCUCCUGUGGGGAAUGGAACUUAUCUCUCAGGCUAUCCUCUUGCUGAUUUGAAAACUUCCGUCGACACAGCAGGGGAUCUUACCCAAAUUCAGGUGAAGAUUGAAAUGACUGGCACUCAGUUUGGGGUGAAGCCACCUGGGAUUCCGAUGCCCAAGACAAUAAGACUUGAAAAUGAUGGAUUCAAAUGCCCCGCUCCGACCCGCCGCAAGAGCUCGAUGUAUGUGUGUUGUGUUAAGAAUCCAAAAUUCAAGGUGAACAAAACCUCAACCAAGUUCUUGCCGCGCCAGAAGGGCGAUCUUUUGAUCUACUAUGAUAUUCUGCAAGCAUAUGAAGGGAAUUAUCUUGCUCAGGUAACAAUGGAUAACAAAAACCCAUUGGGACGCCUUGACCAUUGGAAUUUAACAUGGGAGUGGAUGAGAGGGGAGUUCAUAUACUCCAUGAGGGGUGCUUACACUCACAAGAAAGACUUUUCAGACUGCAUUUACGGCCCUGCUGCGAAUUACUACCAGAGUUUAGACUUUAGUCAGGUCAUGAACUGCGAAAAGAAGCCGAUCAUGGCAGACAUGCCUCCAGAAAAAGCAAAGGAUGAGAAGGUUGGAAAUCUGCCAUACUGCUGUAAGAAUGGCAGUCUCCUGCCAAGCAUCAUGGAUGAAAGCAAAUCCAAGGCCAUAUUUCAACUGCAGGUGUAUAAGAUUCCACCUGAUAUGAAUCGAACCACGUUUGACCCUCCUGAGAAAUGGAAGAUUGAUGGUGUUCUUAAUCCAGAUUACAAAUGUGGCCCACCCAUAAGAGUAGACCCAACAGAAUUUCCAGACCCGAGUGGGCUUGACGCGAUAAGCUAUGCCAUUGCAACCUGGCAAAUAGUCUGCAACAUUACCCAGCCGAAGAAAAGGAGUUCUCGAUGCUGCGUUUCCUUCUCAGCUUAUUAUAAUGAAUCUGUUGUACCUUGCAGCACAUGUGCGUGUGGUUGUGAGAACACAAAAUCCUGCAAUCCAGAUGCCCCCGCAAUGCUUCUUCCUCCAGAGGCCCUUCUUGUUCCCUUUGCAAAUAGAGCAGACAAGGCCAAAGCUUGGGCCAAAAUCAAACAUUAUCACAUCCCCAACCCGUUACCUUGCAGCGAUAACUGUGGGGUGAGCAUAAAUUGGCACAUCUACACUGAUUACAAGAAGGGGUGGACGGCUAGGAUCACUAUAUUCAACUGGGAAGAGGUGAAUUUUGAAGACUGGUUCAUGGCAAUUCAGAUGCGAAAAGCUUAUGCUGGUUAUGAAAAUGUUUAUUCUUUCAACGGAACAAAGCUUCCACAGCUCAACAACACUAUAUUCUUCCACGGUUUACCAGGCUUGACGUACUUGAUGGCAGAGACUAAUGGAACAGACGCAGUAAGAGACCCAAAGAUACCUGGGAAGCAGCAGUCCGUCAUUUCAUUUACGAAGAAGCGUACGCCUGGUAUCAAUAUAGUAGAAGGAGACGGUUUUCCGACAAGGUUGCUUUUCAAUGGGGAAGAGUGUUCUCUUCCUUCAGAAUUUCCAACAGGAGGUGAAAUUCGGUCUCAUGAGAACCUUGUACUAACUGGUUUCCUCACCCUUUUGACCUUUCUGCUGAUAAAGGAUCACCCACGCUGA